AAUUCCAAGUUGUUGUGAAACAGAAAAUGCUUCUUUAUAAUUGCUUCUUCUUUGUUUUGGCUAUUAAAGUCAACUAUAUUUUUUGCGGUUACUUUGAUGACGAAUGCGAUGUUAUUGUAAGUGAACGAGUUAGAGUUGGUGAAAUGAAUAUCUCUGCAAGCCAAUGUACAAUUGACGAAUUUGAAAGCUAUAAUUGUUUUGAUGAAAAUUACGGAUGUUAUAAGCCAAAGUAUGCAGUUCCAGGAUUUACUUACAAGAAUGGAGUUCUCGAUAAAUUCGAUUCAGCAAAUAGAAUUUACGAAUUAGAAGCUCAAAACCCAAAAUUAUGUGCUAAAUAUUGUCUUGAAGAUUCCAACUGUCAAGGAUUUACAGUAGUAAAUACUUUAUAUUCGAAUAGAUUGUGCUUUAAAAAAUUAAAAGCCUUUUUUAAAGGAACUCUUCCCAGUCAUUUACCUUCACAGAUGAGAUCAUACGAUAGAAUUGCUUACGUAACGUCAACUUGUCAGCAAGGUUUUUGCCAGGAGAACUAUAAAAAUGAAGGAAAUAAAGACUUUUUUGAAUGUAGAACUAUUUGCGCAAAUGGCAAUACAUGUUCACAAUUUACUAUUGGUACAUCAUCAUGUUUAACAUCUCAGCAUUGUCAAUUUAAGCCAAUAGUUGGAGAUAAAAUAACGUGUACUUCCAAACCGGAAAUACUCUCUCCAAAAUCUCUUUAUAACGAUAAAACAUCAUCAAUUUUACUGGAUUCCGACACUUCUACUUGCAUAGAUAUAAAAUUUUACCCUUAUAUAAUAAGAUUUCCAUUUCCUGGGGUUGGCAAGUUACACAGUCCAUUCAAUAUUGAAAUUAGUGGUACCAGUUUAAAUUGUUUAAAUGAAAUGGAAAGGAAUAUUUUGGUUUAUGUACCUUUUCAAUCUCAAUUUGAUGUGACUUUUUUCGGAAAGUUUAAACUAUGCGAAAUAUCAUUGUCAAGCAAAACCGAAUGCAAAUAUUCAUGUUCAUGCGGAGAUCGAUUUUGCGAAGGUGUUUAUAUUUAUACUUUUCACAAAAUUCAGCCAGUUGAACUUUGUGAAAUAAAGUUUCUUUAAAUGCCGAAAUAAAUAUCAUAUUUAUUGUC